AUGAAAAAAAAGAAAAAAAGAAAAGAAAAAAAAAAAAGAAGAAAAAGAAGAAAAAAAAAAAAAAAAAAAAAGAAGAGUAAGACAGAAAGAAAGAGAAGGAAAGAAGAGAGAAGAGACAGAAGAGAAGAAGAGAAAGAAGAAAGAAGAAGAAGAAGAAAGAAGAGAAGAAAGAGAAAAGGAAGAAACAGAAGAGGAAAGAGACGAGAAGAAAGAGAGAAAAAGAAGGAGAAAGAAAGAGAGAAGAGAGAAGGAGCAGGAGAAAGAGAGAGAAAAAAGAAGAAGAGAGAAGAAAGAAAGAGAAAGAAAAGAAGAGAUAAGAAGAAGAAGGAAAGAGAAAAGAAGGAAAGUGAUAAGGAAGAAGAGAGAAGAGAAGAAAGAGAGAAAAGAAAAGAAGAGAAGAGAGAGAAAGGAGAAAGAGAAAAAAAAGAAAAAAAGAAAAAAAAAGAAGAAAAGAAAAGAGAGAGAAGAAAAGGAAGAGAAGAAGAAGAAAGUAAGAAAGAAGGAAGAGAGAGAAGAAGAAAGAAGAAAGGAAGAGGAGAAGAGGAAGGGAAGAGAAGAGGGGAAAGAAAGAAGGGGAAAGUAGAAAGAAAAGAAAGAAAGGAAAGAGAGGGAAGAAUAAGAGAGAAGAAGGAAGAGAGAGAAAAGAGAGAAGAAGGAGAAGAAGGGAGAAUAGACAGGAAGAAAGAAGAAGAAGAGAGAGAAAAGAAGAAGAAGAAGAAAGAGAAAGAAGAAAGAGAGAGAAGAAAGAGAAAGAAGGAAGAAAAAAAAAAAAAGAAAAAAAAAGAAGAAGAAGAAGAAGAGAAGAAAGUAGGAGGAAAAAGAAGAAGAAGGAGGAAGCAGGAAACGAGAGAAGAAGAGAGAAACAGAAGAGAGAAGAAGAAAAGAGGGAAGAGAGAGACGAAGAAAAAGAAAGAAGCAGAAAGAAGAAGGAGAGAGAAGAAGAAGAAGAAAAGAGAAGAUAGAGAAAGAAGAGAGAUAGAGAAGAGAGAAAAAGAAGAGAAAGGAAGGAAAGAAAAAGAGAAAAGAAAGAAAGGAAGAAGAAGGAAGAGAGAAGAAGAAGAAGAAGAGAGAAAAGAGAGAAGAAGAGGAGAGAGAUAG